UGGGCACGCGCCUCAGGAAGUUGUAUUUUUUCCUUCAUCGAAACUCGGUUGCUUGGGGUGUCGAUGAUAAAACGUGAAACGAUGAGUAAUAUUUCUGUGAAAUAGUCACGUUCACGACUCCACGGGAUUAGUGUUGAACUGUUUCCCCACCAUGUCUUGCCGUGACAUCCACGCUACGAACGCAUUUGCAUUCGUCAUUGCCCUGCUCUCGGUGGGCGGAUUAGCCAUUGCUACGGUCAUCCCUCAAUGGAGGACGACACGCUUGCUCACCUUUAACCUCAACGCCAAGAAUAUUACAGUGUACGACGGACUGUGGACCAAAUGUGUUCAACGAGACGGAUCUAGCGGGUGUUACUACUUUGAUGCAGAGUGGUAUUCCAAAGUAGACCAGCUGGAUCUAAGGCUGCUCCAGUUCUGUUUACCAGCAGGUCUAUUCUUUUCUGGCCUGGCCCUGCUGAUCAGUCUCACAGGCAUGUGUAAGACUGCAUGCUGCUCCAAAUCCCCAGAUGACAUAAAGUCCAGCAGCUGCCUAGUGAACAGCUCAGGCUGCCACCUGGUGGCAGGAAUGUUCUUCUUCCUAGGAGGUGCUAUUGCCAUGCCACCAUCUGUCUGGUUCCUGUUCCACACACAGGUGUUGAACUCACGCUACGCAAACAUUUUCUCUACAGAGUUUGCAGCGUACGUGGCUAUCGGUAGCGCCGGUGGCCUCGAGUUUGCCGCUUUGCUGAUGUUCAUGUGGUACUGCAUGUGCAAAAAGCUGCCCUCACCCUUCUGGCUGCCCCUGCAUGAGACAGCCGACAUGAGCACCAGUGUUUCUGCUCAACCUCUAAUGGCAAACAGCCUGCCAUCACCUGCAACCUACGCUCCUCGGAGCUUCCCUCCUGGUGUACUAGAUGCUCCGGCUUUUGUGCAAGCCCCGGGCUAUACACAGCCCAUGCCAGGCCCACCUGUACCCCCUCAGGUUUACAUGUCACAGAUGUCUAUGCCCGAUGCAUACGGGCCUGAAGCUGGUGCCUCACAGGCUUACGGCUAUGCCUUCGCAAAGCUAUGCCCCUCGCAAAGCUAUGCCCCCUCGCAAAGCUAUGCCCCCUCGCAAAGCUACGCCCCCUCACAAAGCUAUGCCCCCUCACAAAGCUACGCUCCCUCUGUAAGCAUUGCACCUUCUCAGAGGUAUGCUGGACAUCGCUACUCCUCACGAUCACGUCACUCAGGAAUUGAGAUCGACAUUCCCCUCCUGACAGAGUGACGCCGAUAGAAAUCAUGAUCACCAGGCAACAAUACUUUUCCCACUGACCCAAGACAUGCAGCUCUACAUACAUCAAAUUUCUUAUUUUAAUUCUAAUUGAACAGGAACAGGAAACAUUAAUGAAAACAGAUAUGUGAUUGAAAAUAUAUAAAAAGUAAGCUGAGAGAGAUAAGGGGAAAAAAUUGUCACCAAUACCACUUCUGCUUAUAGAAAACGAUUAGCAACAUAAGAUACAAUGGUGGAAAAAUGAAUUCAUUACAAAACCCCCCUGGACAAAUACAUUCUCCACUAUGAUUCCCAGUCCUGGGUUUUGUUUGCCUACAGACCUAAUUACCUUGACAUUCUUGUUUGUCUGAGAAACCCUGGGUACUAAUUUGUCCACCUCUGAAAUUGAUAAUUAAAUUAAUUUUAUAUAUAUAUAUAUAUAAAAUGUAUGUCAGUUUCUGAAGUUCACAUGCUCUGAGUCUAAAUCAGAAAUAACUCAAACUGAAGUAAUAACCUAUUUUGAUGUAAUAACGAAUGCCUAUAAUUUGUUCAAAAUAGAAUAAUGUUUACAAAUAAUUUUCCUAAAGAUCAUGUUGAGACAAAUACUGAAUCUCUGGAAAUAUUAAUAUUCACUCAAUUUAUAUAUAAUGUUGUAUAUAAUAGUUUUGGGUUUUUUUGUUUUUUUCCUUCAUCCACCUUUCUGUGUUUGAGCCAAGAAAAAUGUAGCUUUUUUUUUUUUCUAGUAGUCAGCUGGAAAGGAUAUCUUCUCUGAACAUAAGGACUUACGUAAGAUUGUCAUCUAUAGUUUUGUGACCCUGAUGAGGUGGAUGCUGUGACUGGUCAGCUGUGCUGAGAACUGUUGCUUUGCACCUCUUUGAAUAAGACUUUUUCUUUUUUUCUUUUCAUGGUUUACAAAAAAAACAACACUGUCUCCGUGUAUGAGCACUGUAAAUAUUCACUAAACAAAGUGCUGACGCUGUUGCUGAAGCGAAACCGUCAGCUGCUUCACUACACUGUUUUUUGCACUUAAUUCUCACUUUUAUACUAACAUCAAUAUUAACACACGAAGCUUUAAAUACAUUACUCAUGCCCAUGGAUACGCCUUGGCUAAAUGGUAAUGCCACUACAUCAGGAUUUCUCAAGCCUUUUUACUUAUUUUUAUAGGGAAUUUAACUAAACAAAGAUAAGCAGGCAUCUGCUUUAUUCUUCUGCAUUUGUUACAUUGUAUUGUGCAGAAAAGCAGAUAGUUUUUCCAGGCAUUUUAUGCACCGCUUAUUUAAAAAAAAAAAAAGGGUUUUUUUUAUUACUGAAGGAUUAAACAGUUAUUUAGAUAUGAAGUGAUGUGUAAGCGUGCCAACUUUUGAAUUUGUGAUUUUAUUGUUUGUUUUUUUGAUUCUUUGGGUUUACAUUUGCGUUUAUGUUUUCCCCAUAAAGAAUAGCCAGAGCGGAAGGAUCAGCUUAGAGAAUGCUCUGAUACCGAUGUUACACUCAUCCGUCUUUGUUGACAUGCUUUUUGAUGAUGAUUAAAAAUGUAGGGAAAUGUUUUUAUAUCAUGUUUUAUUAUUAAUCUUUAUAAAAAUGACCUCUCAUCAAAGUGUAGAUUACUAAUGUAUAUCAUGUUGUGGCUAAUAAUAAUAAUAAAAACCUUUUAAAA